UGUAUGACAGAGUGUUGCGCGGGAAUCCAUUGUCUAACAGAUUCCGUUUCGUGUCUUCCGCCCAUUGCAGCGGAAUGGCAAUUGCUUCGGAACCGGAAUCAGUUAGACAGCACUUAGUCGAUAGAUUCAUGUCCACCGGCAAUACAGAAAGUCUGCAUCUUUUGGCGUAUAAUACCCGACCAGUAGGAGCACACUGGUUGCUGCUUGCUAUCAACCCUAUAAGGGAAGUCGUGUAUUAUCUGAAUUCGGUAAAUGGUGAAUGGACCAAUUAUCCGGCCAUGAAGGACAUCGUUGAUUUAUCAAUACAAGUGUUCCGAAGUCAACGGGACGCACAGGUAUCCCGAACUAAAUCUAACAACAUUACUUGGAUCCAAGUGCAGUGUCCGCAACAGCGAAACAAUUACGAUUGCGGAUACUUUGUUUUGAGGUAUAUGAAAGAAAUCCUUCAGGCGAAUCAAUUAGAGAUUCCGCUCACGUACCUUGACGAAUUCCGUGCUGCUGCGUACCCGAAGCUUAAGUUGGAAGAAAUCAAAGAAGAUUUGUGUCAAUUUUAUAUUAAGCGCUUUUUCAUGUAGGAUUUGUGUCGAUUUGAACUAUAAUAUUAUUGAUGUUGUAAUGAUGUAUAUAUAUAAUUUUGGAUAUUAUAAUGG